ACUUGCCAUCGGAAUCCUAGGACAGGGUGACGCCCACUCACAAUGGCUGCGCAGAUAUAACACUGAGCUCUUUUUUUUUUUUGGACCAAUAAGAUUGAACAUCUCUGCUUCGUCCAAAAGAGGGAGUCAAGUUUGUUAUGCAGCAGUUUUGCUCACUUUCACAACCAACAAAACCCCAGAGCGCAUUGAACGAAGAGAGAAAGGGGGGUGGGGGGGAUGAGAAAUAUUGCUUGACAGCGACUGUUUCCUCUCACAGUGGCUACGGAGACUCGUAGGCUCAUAGCUUUUCUGCUGCGGGAGCGUCAGUCCGUGGGUCACUUAGCCCUUGAGCCCUCACCUUGCAACGUUGCCGUCUGUUUGCUGCAGCAGAAGAACAAUCGGGUUCAUGAUCUCCAGGAAGUUCCCAUUUUUCCCACACCUGGAUUAACCCAAGGCGACGUUUUCUUCUUCUUCUUCUUGUUUUCUUGUUAAUUUUCGCACCGAAGACAAGGAAAAUGUUGUGGAAACUAGCUGAAAACGUAAAAUAUGAAGAUGACUGUGAGGAAAGGCAUGACGGCAACAGCAACGGGAACCCCCGGCUGCCUCACCUGCCAGCAGUCAGUCAGCACCUCUACAGCCCGUCCCCUGCCCUCUCACACUCGGCAGGUUCAGACUUCCAGCCCCCAUACUUUCCACCUCCGUACCAGCCUAUCUCCUACCCCCAGUCCUCCGACCCUUACUCCCAUCUCGGCGACCCCUUUAAUAUUAACUCCAUACACCAAUCGCCUUCGUCGAACCAGCAGCAGCCGUCAUGGCCCGGCAGGCAGGGCCAGGACGGACUCGGGAGGAGCGGUCUGGCAAGUCAAAUGUUGGGCCUGGAAGGAGGCUCGUCCGGGGUGAGAAGGGAAGGGUUUCGGCGGCCGGAGCUGCUGCCCCCGCACAGUCUCGACUCUUCAGUUAUUGGUGAUAAUAUGGGGAUUCAUGACAUGGGCCCAGGACUGGAAGACGUUCAGCACGUAGAUGACCACAGUAUUAUUAUGACAGAUCAGACAGUCAUCAAAAAAGUAUUAGGACUACGAGGUGGCAGGAACCUUGAUCGCAUACAGAGGACUUAUUAUCAGGGGGGCUUUCUUGCCGGUCCUGUUACACUACCCAAAGGCAACACGCUAGGCCUUCCCUUCCAGAAAGAGUCACUGCUGGGCAUGGUAUCCAACCCCACAGAAGUGUUCUGCUCUGUACCAGGCCGCCUUUCCUUGCUGAGCUCCACAUCCAAGUACAAGGUUACCGUGGCUGAAGUCCAGAGACGUUUGUCACCCCCGGAGUGCUUGAACGCAUCGCUCCUGGGAGGAGUUUUACGCAGAGCCAAGUCAAAAAACGGAGGUCGUUCUCUGAGAGAGAAGCUGGAUAAAAUUGGGCUUAACCUGCCUGCAGGAAGAAGGAAGGCGGCCAAUGUCACUCUACUUACCUCACUUGUGGAAGGUGAAGCAGUUCAUUUAGCAAGAGACUUUGGUUACGUAUGUGAAACUGAGUUUCCUGCAAAGGCAAUAGCUGAAUACUUGGGUAGGCCCCAUGUGGAGCGCAACGAGGUCAACUCUCGCAAGAACAUGCUCCUCGCUGCUAAGCAAAUCUGCAAAGAAUUUACUGACCUGCUCACACAGGACCGGUCACCGCUGGGAAACUCAAGGCCGGCUCCCAUCUUGGAGCCUGGAAUCCAGGGCUGUCUGACUCAUUUCAGCCUCAUCACUCAUGGAUUCGGUUCUCCGGCCAUCUGUGCUGCAAUGACGUCGCUCCAGAACUACCUUAACGAGGCGCUGAAACAAGUGGAUAAGAUGUACUUGAGUUCUGGCAGUGAAACUCAGGGAUCAUCUGAGAGCGGGAACAAGUCCACUGACAAAAUGGACAAGCACAGGAAAUGAGAGCUCAAAAGGAGAAAACAUCAAUUUCAGAAUCUCAGAAUAAACUUGUUCUGGCUGCUCUCUCCCUGUUUGGACUUUUUAAAACAUCUUUAGUAUUACCAUUUUGAGAGAUUAUUUUGUAUGUGGGUGUGUAAGUGUGCUUCCACUGUAAAUGUUUUUUUCUACAAAACUCUGGCUUCGUCACAAAUCAGUAAGGCUACAAGUCAGUAAGUAUUGACACCAAAUAGGGAAUUCUUUGGACUCGUCUUUUUUGGGAGCUGCUUCUGUGACGGUUAAACAUACCAUUAAAUAACAGCUAUGCAGUUCCAUAAAAUUCCAACUAUGCUACAAUCUAAAGAAUAUUUUUUGAAGAAGAGGGGGGAAAGAAGUACAUUCUGUUGUUUCCUAUUGUGGACAUCAUUUCAAGAUGGGUUGCAAUGGGUGUGAAUUCCUCCCAGCAUCCCCCCUUCUCCUCUGUCUGGAGGCAAAUCCACUGAUUUCCUGUGUCUCCAUGGACCUGCAAAGGACAAUUUCUAAAUGUUUUGUGUGUGUGUGUGUGUGGGGGGGGGGGAGAUAGGAAAAUACAAUGUGUUGUCUUUGUUUUAUCUUCUUCUUUUGUACAACCAGCCCUGAAUGACUCCAGUGUUAUUCUGCUUUGUUUAAUGGGACACAGAGUCUUAUGUUGAACGAUAAUUUUUCAGUCAGUGCUCACUCACAAACCAGAGAAUUUAAAGGUACUGCAAUACAUGCCUUGUGAGUGUUUGUAUGGGUUACAAGCAUUGCCACAGUUCUGUUGUUACGGAGAACACCAUAUCUUUUUUUAAGCAAGGUGUUCUCCAUCCUCAGUGUUUGAAAGCCUUAAGUUAACAUCAGCUGACCAACAUGCCCAGUUCCCAGUCCUAUUACAGUGUAUGCGUGUCAUAAGAAUGUGUGCAAUUGUACAUAUUUCAUUCUUUAAAAAUGGCUUUAAUUAGACAUUAUCUCAAUGUCAAAACGUAGAAUUUUAUUCAGUUUGUUGUCCUGGAAUGUAAAUAAUUUUUAAUUUAUGUUGUAAUUUAAUGGGUUUGUGUAAAUAAUAGCAUCAUUCAGGUGUAUGGUUUAUCUUUUUAUCAGGAUGUGUUAGAAACUUUCUUAAAUAGGUUAGUUUUUUAUCAAAUAGAGGUUAGGAAGUGGGCAUGAUUUGCUUUUUUUAAAGAUGUAAAAAAAAAUGUUUCCAGGAUCACAUACAAAUAAAACAAUAAAUCCUCAA